CCGUCCAAUCAGCCGCGGCCGCAGUCAGUGAUGUCAGGGCUGUGAGGGAAGUUUCGCGAUGUUUCGCCACGGUCGGAAUGUGCCAGCCAAUCAGCGCGGGAGGGGGCGUGGCGUGUGGCCUCUCGAGUGUACAAGGCGGCGGGCGCUGUAGGAGAGAAAGACGCGCGGAGUGAGUGUCCCCUGUAAACAAUGUAUGGUGGAUACUCAGAAAGUAGGACUGUAAGCAGCUGCGUGACAGAACUAGAAGAUCCCAAUCAGAAGAAUACAUGUGGAUUAGCAAAUGGGAAGAGGCAGGGUGAAACGAUUUCUAUGCAAUGCGACAUGCAGGAUGACCAUGAAGCGCAGGAAUGUAAUUCCCUAAAUAUACGGCUGUCCAACGUCUGCUCCCAGAGCAAAAGCUGCUUGAUGCUUUGGGGUCAGCAGCAGCCAGAAGAUUUCAUAGUUAAUGAAAGCCCUAUGAGUUUAGAAGACUAUAAACUGCUGAAUACAUUAGAAGCAGAAGGCGCAUCUGCAAAUCUUGAUUUCAUAUCCAUAUGUCCUAAUGAAUCUUCUGAAGUGACAGAACCAUGCAUCCCAGAUCCCGUAGCAGAGCCACCUUCCUUAGAUGCUGAUAGCAAACAAAUGAGCCCAAAUAAAUUAUCUCCUGGGCACCUAGAACACCAGUCGUAUCUACCAGAUCAGUUACCCGAAUUGAAGCCACAGUUUCCGUUCAACAUUAAUGGCUUUGGAAACAAUCACGAUACGACUUGGUGCCCAGAAGGUAAAGGACCUGCAGUGAUGCAUCACAUAGACUGUUCUGAGGAGGAUAUUGACGUGCUUAUUGACAAAGAAAGUGUUUUAAACCCAGACAUUCUGAUUCAACAGAUUCACAACGAGUACGAAAGUCUGUUCCGCAGAGAUAAAACUGUUCAUGUGUUUCAUGAAGCACUGAAUUCAAACUGGCAAUUAAACGACCAGAAAGAAGAAAUGACGCAAAGUUACGCACCUGACAAAAAAUUUUGUUGCAUAUUAGGUUGGACAGCAUAUGUCAGUGGAAAACAGUUGCAAUGUUCAUGUACACCUACCACAGAGACACGCGCACCUACCAGAAAACCCGGACUGCGUCAGAUAAAAAAGCCAGUCAGAUACCAGUCGAAGAAUUAGAUGACUGUUGCUUUAUUACAGAUCUUAACAAGACAUAGACAAUCCCAAUUCAACAGAUUGACAUCCAAGAGAGCUGCAACUGGUAAGUUGUAGCUGCAAUCCAAAAACACAUGGGAACGGCAGAAGAGAAAGGACUGGAGCUCAUACCCCCAAAAACACCCAGGAAAGGCAGAAAAGAAACAUAACAAAACAUACAAUGCCAUCUAGAUAAUUAGAAGAAAAUCGACUCAUUUGUUUCGGAAAAACAUGGAGAACCGACGCUCUUAUCCAAAAACGACAGUGGGGUAUAUUUACGCUUUACGUGGCGGUGGUUUUAGCCGCAGGAAUCAAGAGCCAAAUAAUACAAAUGCAAAACACUUAUUCUUUUACAUUUAAUUAUGAUUGCCUCUUUAAAUCCUGCAGCCAAUACAGGCAAGAAGCAGUGGCGUUUAGUAAAUAUACUGCACUGACUUUCCCAGAUAAUCUGAUAUGGAUCUAUAAUAUAGAGCCCUCCAAAAAUGUCUGCACUUUAGUAAAUGAGUAUAAUGGGCCUAAUUCAGACCUGAUCAUAGCAGCAAAUUUGUUAGGUGGGCAAAACCAUGUACACUGCAGGGGGGAAGGGGGGGGGGCAGAUAUAACAUGUGCAGAGAGAGUUAGGUUUGGCUGGGGUGUGUUAAAACUGAAACCUGAAUUGCAGUGUAAAAAUAAAGCAGCCAGUAUUUACCCUGCACAGAAACAAUAUAACCCACCCAAAUCUAACUCUCUCUGCACAUGUUAUAUCUUCCCCCAUUCCCUGCAGUGCACAUGGUUUUGCCCAUCUGCUAACAAAUUUGUUGCUACUAUCAGGUCUAAAGUAGGCCCAAAAUUAAGACCUGUAUUUACAAACAAAUUACCAAAUGCACUGAGAUAGAUAUUUUUUUUUAUAUAUAUAUAUAUAUAUAUAUAUAUAUAUAUAUAUAUAUAUAUAUAUAUAGGCAGCCAGAUUGCUACUGAUUUGAAACCCGGCACAUACAUUUGACCCUCCUUAGUUAAAUUUUAAUAAAAUUACAUUUAACACCAAUUCAUCUGAUAAGCUAGUGAUAACGAGAUAUUCCCAUGAAAGUAACCUUAAUUUAAAAAAAAUUACAUCAUAGAAAUAUGCUGAGAAAACGAUAGAAAAGCAUAUAUUCCUGAAAAACAAAUGAGUCCAAUAAGAAAAAGGAAAACACACAAGAAUAUUCUGUAGAAUCCCCUAAUUCCGUAUGAGGAUAACCCAUCUAAGUAAUUGUUUUUUAAAGCUGUGUAAGUUGACUCUUCCAUUGGCAAGACAUUUUGAAAUGUAUGUUCCCAGCGUGCCAAAGAAAAUGCAUUCCACUUAGCAUAGGCUUGCGCAGAGCCGUAGUAGUGCACUUCUGCCGCAGGCUUCCAGAUGCGCUGCCAAAUACAGAUGCCACACUGGGGCAGCGAGGGUGCCAACCCUUUGGCCCUCGACGGAGGCAUCGGUUGCAAACCCUAGUUAUGGCCCUGCCAAGUCAUUGCUUUAUUUAGAUGCUUAGAUACACCCCCUAGCAGAAUGUAUGUAAUGGUACCUGCAGGUGAGGGAUCUUCGGUCUUUAGAGGGAGGGCUACGUAUAUGUCUGGCACCCACCGCAAUACUACACGCCCAGUAUUUUGAAAUAAUUUGAAUGGGUUUAUAAGCCUGGGAUUUGCUACUGUCCUCGCAAGACACUUUGCAUACUGUACAUUCAGAUAGUCUCUGCUAGAGAGUGUAUUACAGCAACUAAAUAAGUCAGGCAAGUGAGUUUUAUUUCCUAAAUUGAUCGUUUUUGGUCCUUUAAGUAUAAUUUGUUAAGAAAUGUUCCUUUAUGUUUGUAUAUAGUUUGACUACUUAUGUGGUAAAUACAUCAUUAUAUUAAUGCAGCAUUCUUACAGUAUACAAAACUCUUACUGUAUGGUAGUGCUUAGCACUGUUACAUCCCUGAACCAAACUGAUUAUAAGAACAUUAGUAGGGAAUGGUUGACAAGGCAGUCGUUUGGGCGAGGAGGCCCUACCAGCUAAUGCGGCAGAUGUAUUAACCUGGAGAAGGCAUAAGGAAGUGAUAAGUGCAAGGUGAUAAAUGCACCAGCCAAUCAGCUCUAAUAUAUAAAUGAACAGUUAGGAGCUGAUUGGCUGGUGCGUUUAUCACCUUCCACUUCUCACUGGUUUAUCACUUCCGUAUGCCUUCUCCAGGUUGAUAGAUCUGCCGUUCUUUAAUUGAAGUGCCAGUUUGUAGCGUAAUGCAGUUUCAAAAAGUUGUUUCGUAAAAUAGGCUGGGUGAGGGUAGUCAGAAUUAUCUAGAAAAAUUGCCCAGUGGUGCAAAAGUUCACAGAAACUGUAGCAUCCAAUCAGACUUUUGCUUUGAUUUUCUAGCAAAUGUCUGAUUGAAAGCGAAUAGUGAAUGAGUUGCUAUGGAUUGAAUGCAAAA